UAGAGUGCAUGUUAGGUUAGGUUUGUUUUGGUUUUGUUCGAAGUUGUUUUGAUGGAGGUUGACGCGGCCGCAAGUACUUUGGGUGAAAUUGAAGUACUUUUGUGCCCAGACGAUUAUAACCCUGUGACAUGCACAUUCACGCGCGUAGAUAUUGUAGAUCUAAGCUGGUGUCGCGAUAGGGAUUGGUCAGUGGACGCCGGUGAUAGUGAGGAAGAAGGGAGUGAAUAUCAAGCCUUGGAUGAAAAUAUCGAUCAUCAAGUAAACAAUCUACAAAUUACAGAACAAACAGAUGAACCAUAUAAUCCUUCGGAAGACUUUACUCGAAAAGAACAUAAAGAACCGAUAGAAUACAUUAUUGUUGACGAAAGAGAAGCAAUGGCUGCUGUGGGGCUUCCCACCGAAUUCGGUAGCAAGAAAAAACGCAAAAAUAAUCGACGAAAAGCUCCAAUAGGAAAAGAAGACUUCGCAACCUUUGUACUGCCAUCUUUGAAGGAAUUGUAUGGAAUACAAACAUUGGAAUCAGCACGGCCAAUUGUUUCAAAGAUGGGAUAUUUCUAUGAAAACGCAGUGAAACGGAAGUCUGAAAUGAAGGCCAAUAGUCAAAAAGAACAUACAUUGGAGGUUUUAGAGAACACUUCAGAAGCACAAUCAACUAAGGCUGCUACUUCAGAAACGGACGAUGAGCAUAAUUUCGCAGCACUAAGGCGCCAGGAAAUGAAUAUCGAAAGCCAAGUUGAUGGAUUCGGGGAAUAUAAUAUGCAAAGCAAUAAUAAACAAAUAGAUGGGAAAGUAAAGAAUGACAUAGAUGUGGAUGUAGACAGUUCAAUUAAUGAAGGCAAAGACACUACCCACUCCGAUGAUAUAAAGCAAGAUGACAGUGUAGAACCUGGUCCAGAUUGUAGCGGCUCAGAAUAUAAUUCUGCAAGAAGUCAUUGCGAAGAUGAAAUCGCAGAAGAUGACAUAAGUAAUAAACUUAAAAAGAAAAGCAAGAAGAAGAAACCAACUAAAAAUAACUCAUAUCCUGAGGAAAUAGAAAACGACAGAAAUCUUGUAAAGUAUUGGAGGAGGAGGUAUACGUUGUUUUCUUUAUACGAUCGUGGAAUUAAAAUGGAUGCUGAGGCGUGGUUUUCUGCCACGCCUGAGUGCAUUGCAAAGCACACAGCAAACCGCCUCCGUUGUGAUAUCAUAGUUGACGCAUUUUGUGGAACAGGAGGGAAUUCAAUACAGUUUGCGAAGACAUGUAACAAAGUGAUUGCAAUCGAUAUUAAUCCAAGCAAAGUAGAAAUGGCGAAACAUAAUGCAGACAUAUAUGGAGUCUCGGACAAAAUAGAAUUCAUUACUGGCGAUUACUUUCAACUGGCCAAAACAAUUCGAGCAGAUGCUGUGUUCUUGAGUCCACCUUGGGGCGGUCCAAAGUACAAAUGCAACGUAGUGUACGAUUUGGAUACAGAUUUACAGCCAUUGCCUGCGUCUUCAUUAUUCAAACUAACCAGAGAAAUAACAAAUAAUAUUGCCAUUUAUUUGCCGAAAAAUUCGAAUACACAACAGUUGAUUAUGCUUGCUGGUCAAGGUAACAGCGUGGAGUUGGAGAAGAAUUAUUUAUUUGAUCGUCUAACCGCCAUAACUGCAUACUACGGGAAUCUCAUUCAGAAUAAGAAUUGAGAUCGUUCAUACUAUAUGUUAAGGAUAUAGUAAUAAGUCUUGUAAAUCCUAAGGAGAACCUUUUUAAGUUUUAUCGUAGAUCUACUGACCAUAACUACUUGAGCCUGCCUGUUCUAACUGAAGUACAACAAUUACAAUCAAAAUAUGUUUCAUUUUAAUCAAAUCAUUGUGAAAAAAAGUAAAUAAUGAGGGAAAUAUCGGUAAAUAAGUUUUCUAUCAUAUAAAUACAUUCACAUAGCUUGAGUAUUUUUAGAAGAGAAGUUUUUUAAUUGUAUUUGCUUGCUUUAUUUUACAUAUUUCACAACGAACAAAAAUGAUUUUUUGAAAAGUUUUCGCACAGAUAUUAUGAAAAAUCAGCGAACGAAACUUAUUAUUAAGGAAAAAGUGUUUUAAGUUUUUUUAAUAGUUUGUUCAGUUUAGGUUCUGUAUCGGUGCGGUUGUCUUUAUUUAAUAUUGGAUAGCACUAGAAAUUUCUGAUUUCGUUCUCAUCUAUUCGAAAUAUAUAUGUUUCUUUGCGAGAAUAUUUUUUAUGUUAGUCACAGUAAGAUUGUAACAAUCUUAUAAAUAUAAUCUGUGAGAAAUAAAGACAAAUUUACAAAAUA